AUGGGUGGCUUCGUGGCAAAAGGAAAGGGCGGCUCCGGCAAGGACGAGGGGCCGAAAAGCCUCAAGGCCGACAUGAUGGAGGACGAAGCGGAGGACUCCGAAGACGAGGAGCAUCAGAUGGAGAAGGAUGCGCUUCGGGCGAUGGAGGUCGGUGGAAGAGAAAGCCUGGCCGCAGCUUACGAAGCGAUGGCAGCCAAGGAGGUCGUCUAUGACACUUUCUCCGAUGAGCUGCGUGCUGGCUACAUUGCCAGGGUGCAGGCUCGCGAAGCAUGGUGCGAGGAAGUGGAGACCUCGCACGAGCAGCGAGAAGCGCGAGACAAGGCCUUGGCCCAGCAUGCUGCAAGUGUCGCAAGAUCUCUGAGAUUCGGAACAGCCAUCACCCACAAGCGGAUUCCAGGAUGGCCGGCCGGAGGCAUGCACGAGCAUGGAUGGUGA